CUGUGACUUCCUGAUUUUCCUCCAGGGGCCGAUGGGAUUGGGGCUCACCCGGUAGGGCAAGCUCCUCCGUGGAGGCCAGGGCGGACCGUCGCCUGGGCCUCAGUCACCCCUGCGGGGUUCCCCGCGCUCUCAGGAGCAGACAGACGUCCCGCCCAGCGCACCGCCCUGACCCUCGCGGGGACACAGUGGCAGAGUGGGCAGGCGCCGCUCCGAGCCUCUGCCAGCGGUCCAGCCGAAGGCCCGCCGCCAUGGCCCGGGUACUGGUCGUAGGCGCCGGGCUAACCGGAAGUCUCUGUGCGGCGCUGCUGAGGAAGGAAACCACCACCCUGGUGUACCUCGCCCUGUGGGACAAGGCUGGGGACGCAGGGGGAAGAAUGAUUACUGCCAGCAGUCCUCAUAAUCCCCGAUGCACAGCUGACUUGGGAGCUCAGUACAUUACCUGCUCUUCUCAUUAUGCCAAAGAGCACCAACAUUUUUAUGAGGAGCUGUUAGCUCAUGGAAUUUUGAAGCCUCUGACAGCUCCAAUUGAAGGAAUGAAGGGGAAGGACGGAGAUUCCAACUUUGUGGCGCCUCAAGGAUUGUCUUCCAUUAUCAAGUACUACUUAAAAAAAUCAGGAGCUGAAGUCUUCCUCAAGAAGUGUGUGACUCAGAUCAACCUGAAAGAUAACAAGUGGGAAGUCUCCACGGACAAAGGCUGCGCAGAGCAGUUUGACCUUGUCAUCCUCACCAUGCCAACUCCUGAGAUUCUGGGACUUCAAGGUGACAUCGUGAACUUAAUUAGUGAACGCCAGAGGGAGCAACUGACAUCGGUGAGCUACUCCUGUCGCUAUGCUCUGGGCCUCUUUUAUGAAGCAGGCAUGAAGAUUAAUGUCCCUUGGUCGUGCCGGUUCUUCAGCAGUAACCACUGCAUAUGCUUCAUCUCCAUUGAUCAUAAGAAGCGCAAUAUAGAGUCAUCGGAAUGUGGUCCAUCCCUGGUGGUCCAUACCACUGUCCCAUUUGGAGUUCAACACCUUGAGGACAGUGAGGAAGAUGUACAGAAGUUAGUGACCCAGCAACUGGAAAUCGUUCUGCCGGGUUUGCCGAAGCCGAUUGCUACCAAAUGCCACAGGUGGAGAUAUUCACAGGUUACGAACUCAGUUUCCAACAGACCUGGCCAGAUGACGCUCCAUCUCAAGCCUUUCCUGGUGUGUGGAGGGGAUGGGUUCACUCACUCCAACUUCGAUGGCUGCAUCGCCUCUGCCAUGAGUAUUGUGAAAGUUUUAAAGCGUUAUAUUUAGUGUCUGUGUUCUUGUUUUCUACAUUUAUUUUAGGAUUUUUCUUUUGACAAUCCCCUGUUAUUGAUUGUUCUAUUUUCCUUUCUGUGAAGAGAAAUUACUUUAGAAAAUAUCCUCACUUACUGUCAUUUUAAUAUGAAAUAUAAAAACAAUGUUAUAAUUUUGAUAGCUACCACCCAUUGUAAAAUGAUAAUUUCUUAGACUGUAGUUCUUCAUCACUUUUUUCACUUUUCAUUACUAAUCCUUAUUGGAGCAAAAUAGUGCUUAUAAGUCACAAAUAACCCAGCCCCAGAAUUCUACUAAACCAAAGUUCUCAUUCAUUGGAAAAGCUUUACUGUCCUUUUGAAAACUUCAGUUCUGAAUAAACAACAAUCACGACCAAA